ACGAUGUGGGUAGUGUGUUUUUGUGAGCCGUCAAAAUGUUAUUUUUGAUUUUGAGUGCGGCUUAAAUGGCGUUAGCUCCCUUUGCUGCAUGUGACGUGAGUGACUUCCCUCUAAACUGAUGGCCGUGCGCUGGCGAUGUCUCUGUCGGUGUUAAUAGUUUGGACCAAGGCCUUGGUUGUUUUGGUCUUGGUCUGCAGAGGGGAGCAGGUGUGUGAGGUAGCAAAUGUACAGAUCGAAAACGAAGACGGCGUCCGACAGGUGUUUGAACUAAAAAGCGUCAAACCCUCCCAGAGUGGGGCGUAUGUACUAUGUGCGACCAGGCAAGGUGCCAGCAGUGUCAACGGAGAGUCAUGGUCUCCCUUCGCUCUUCGCUUCAACGUUGUGUUGACACCCGGCGAAAUGCUGAUGGCUUGUGAGACAGGACGGGAGCACUUGCCUGCAGGUCUGUGCUCUCAAGCGAGGGUGACAGAAAGCCAUUGCUCGCAUGAGGCAGGCAGCUGCCCCAUCCUCGACGAUGUUUCACGCGAAGAUCUUGCUGACGAAAUCAUCAACCGCAAGUUGUUGCCAUUAGCAACAGGCAGACCCGAAAUCGACUAUCGUAUCGCCCACAGCAUCGUCAGCAUCAACGCUGGGUUUCUCGAUGAGGCCAUACAGGAGCUUUCCGUACUUCUAAAGGAAGAUCCAGGCAUUGUUGCCGCCUAUUAUGCACGAGGAGUUGCAUAUGCUAGAAAAGGUCUGGAAACUCCCCAGCAUGCACUACGCUCUCUCGCCGAUUUCACCAUCUGCAUCGAGCAGGAACCUUCUCGGCCAGAGGGGUAUGAGUGGCGAUCUGAAGUGUACAUCGCUCUGAAUCAAUUCCAAGAUGCGUUGGAAGACCUUAAGCAUGCUGUAUCAAUACGACCUACAAAUCGUCUGUAUUUUAAUCAAGGCAUCAUCAAUUUGUUGUUAGAGAAUUUUGCAGACGCAGAGAGAGACUUCAAGAAAAACUUGGAAGAAAAAGACUCAGAUAAAAACCCCACAUACAUAUUGUCAUAUUUCCACCUUGGUCUGGCCCAGUAUUACAGAGGACGUUUGCGCAAUGCUAUUGAAGUGUUCAAAGAGGUAUUGAAGUUGGACCCAAACCAUGCUGAAGCAUGCAUCAGCCUUGCACAUGCUUUCCGUGAGCUUGGUAACCAGAAAGCUGCACUGUCACGUUUUGACCAGUUGCUAGCUAUUAGUCCCAACCAUACACUGGCAUUACAGCUGAAGGGCUCCAUGCUUUAUCAUUCAGGCGAGCCAGCAUCUGCACAACCUAUUCUCCAACACUGUCUAACUGUUGAUAAAGAUAACAUUGGGUGCCGGUACUUAAUGGCAUUGUCUAACGUAGCUUUGGGGAGCUUCUAUCCAGGGAUUAAAGAUAUAACAAAAGUCAUGGUCAACUCUCUACCAAUACUUAGAUCUUCUCCUGAACAUGUUCGUGCCCAUUAUUUGCGGGAAUAUGCUAGGUACCUGCAUGCAUCACUGGAUGUUCCACUGGAUCAGUUUAAGCCUGAGGUGAGUUUAGAUGAGGAUUUGCGUUCCCAGUGGGUACAGGGUGUACCCUUUAAAGCACAUGGCACAUACAGAGAGCAGCCUGGCCUCCAGCCUGAUAUCAACGAUGUUGCUGCUGAAACAGAACACAACUGGUCCCAUCCUGCUAUGCAAAACUUGCUGUGCUUUGCAGAAAAAGUUGGGUGGUCAAUGCAGGUGACAUCCGAUGGCUUUUUACCAAAUCGUCGACUAAACUUAGCAAUGGGUCUUGCAGCUGUUCACAUAGCUCAGAUUGCCGAAGCCAAGUGGAAAAAUUUCAAAUCAGGGAAAUCAGGUGAAAGGCCUUUCACUUGGAAAGAGCUGUUUUCUAUAGCUGUGAGAUACCGACAAUUGGUGGACCCAGAACAGGCUGUUCUAUGGGUUAGUUCAUUGCCAGACUAUUACACAAGUGAUGGUUAUAGAGCAGAUGUCACAUUUAUACGAGGGUCAGUGAUUAAUGUGAAGUUGAAUCAAUACUUUGACCUGGCCUUCAAGCUUGCCCGCACAAUGCUUGAACAUUUCUCGGGUGAAGGAACAGCAUAUGCAGGUCAAGCAGCUGACAUCCAGAAGGCCAAAACUUGUGAAGAUCUUUUAGCUGUUGCUCGAAAGCGUCGCAUAAAUCCACAUGGUUUUCUGGUCUCCACACAGGUUCCAGCAGUUGUUGCAGUUCCUGGAUCACAGACAACAAGCGAAGAUCGGUUGGAUGGCACAGUGUUGGUCUUGACAGAAGAUCCUGGUGGCCGCAUUGUUUUUGCCCUGAGCUUGGCAAGCACACCUGCUCGCACUAACGCCUACGCUGCUCAGAUGGAUCACUUUCUGCUGCAGCUGCACCAGGAGGUUCAGAAGGGAGGUCUGGGGAAAAUCUCCGACCUUGACCCCAUUCUAAGCUCUAUUUUGUCCCUUGUCUACUACUUCUACAACCUCAUGCCGCUGACCAGGGGAUCCAGUGUAGUGGCCUAUGCUGUCUUGCUUGGGCUGGUUAUGUCCCUUGGACGUCAGGUGAGCGGUAAGCUACCAACAGGCAAGCUACUUGACAUGGAAGCCAUGCUGUCUGGUGCCCCAGAUGCAUUUGUCAUGGUCACACACCAGUGGAUGAGUGUUAAAAAAUUGACAACACCAGUCUCUGCUUUGCCAAGGAUAUGGGAAGUUCUUCCAAAUGUACGAGACAUUCUGGAUCUCUUGGCAGCAAACACUACUGCCAUCUGUGGAUAGCACUUGCUGUCUUUAUAGUGUUAUAUCUUGUAAGCUGCAUCGUACCAUUGUUUGGAUACCAUGUCAUGUGUAUCCCCAGUUUUAUCAUAAAUUAGAACUCCUGCUUGUGUCCAGAUCAGAGAAUAUCUUUAACAAUCAGUUACUGACCCAAUGAUCAUUACUGAAUUGAAGGUCUACAUUAAAUGGGUUUGUUGUUUGCAAGGGGAGACAAAAAUUUCAAAAAUUUGGAGACUAUAAAGUAUUUACAUUUUAGAUUGCAGCAUCCUGUACAUUAACUGGAACAUGUGAAAGGAGUAAUUUUACAUUUUUUUUAAGAGGGGGGUCUGGGGAAGUAGCAUAGCAUCACAGAGCACUAGAUAAUCUGUACUGGCUGAAUGUAGAUUUUGAGCAACUGAUACUUUAUUAAUCUUUCUGCUAAACAAAUAUCUUUUUUUUUUUUAAUAAUGUAGAUUUAUAGAGGAAAUUCGUGUUAGUUGGUGUUGAACUCUGUAUCAACCACUUAGCAUAUUCAGUUGGUUGGUUUCCCUUUUGCUGGGCCUUCACCACUUUUAAGUGCUUAUCAGAACUCCUGUUGCUGGCAUCUUGUGUAUAGUUUUUGUGAGGACUGAGCAGCACCAAACUCAAACUCUAUGGUUAAGUGGUAACAGGAGGGGGAGGGAUGAUCAUCCUAUGUUCAGUUCCCUCAUUGAUUGAGAGCAUCCUCAUUUCCACCGAUGUAGUUUAUAAUGAGUGCCUUUCACAAACUAGAGCAAUGAUAGCUUUGGUGAAGACCUUUUUGUGACUGUUCUUAAAGUAACAUUCUCUUGAAAGAUGAGGUGGCUUAGUUCACUCUAAUUAGUCUUUCUGGACUGGUUUGCAUGUUCUGCAAAUUUAAAAAUAAUUUUAUCAUUGUCUUAUUGGCGAUAUAUCAGUCCUUUAAAUUCUUUGCCAGCACUGAGGGAUGCAAAAUAAAGGAGCAGUUUGCAUAAU